UUAAAAAAUAGAAAAGAGAGACAUAAGUAAAGACUGUGCGUGAUUAAAGGCUGUAGGAUACAGAGAGCUUACAAUGGUACUUGCAAAGUAUAUGUUGAUUAGUUUUCUAAUGUUGACCAAUGCUGCGUUGGAUCUCCAGGCCAUUGACGUCGAGAAAGGUGGCAACAGAACUUGCAACAAACAAGCAAUUGAAGAAAUACUUAAGAACAACACUAAAUUGGUAGAUGUAGCAUCAAUACGUGAAGAGUGCUUAUCUAUAUAUCAGAAAUGCUUUAGGAUUCCUUUUUCGAUAGACGCUGUGUAUGCUAAUCGCCGAGUCACGAGACAAACACACCUCCUCGUAACAUUGCAAAAUGUUAAAACAGGUUGUUGGGGAUAUUUAGUAAACAUAUACAUCAAUGAUGCUGAAUUAUACCUUUCCAAGUACAAAUUACAAGAAGAGAUUAUGGGACGUUAUUUGAUAGCUGAUCAUAAAUUAGUUUACGAUGUACCAUACGUCAUAAAUGUCACACAAAUUCCAUCUGGCCAAACGCAAACUCUUAUCAUACAGAAAACCCCAUCAAAAUGCGAGAUUGCUGCCGUAACAUUCAGCAGAACUAAUGCAGAAAAGGCAUUUUCCAAUUGUCUCAAGCCUCCAGGUUUCUCCGAAAUAAAAAAUAGCAUGUCAAAAGUAUGCAAGCAUUUUUCAAAUGACAUCAUUAAAGUUACUCGAUACUUAAACCAAUCUAAAUUGACACAAAAUCAUUGUAGACUUGUGCCGUUCAAUUUUUCUGCUGAAGGAAAGUUGACAAAGAAAUCACAAAUCAAAACACACAUCAUCGUUGUUUCCAUAGGAGGCUUAUUGAUAAUCUUAAUUCUGGUUGUCUUUAACAUAGUUAGGAAGAUAAAACAGAAUUUCAUCGGUUCACACAAAUGGUCCCGAGAAUCACGAAAAAAAGAUUUUGGCUUUAAGGAAGAAGAAAAGCAUGACACAAUUACAAGGGUAAUGAUCUUAAAUCGUCCUGGAUGCGAGCUUCUGGACACCUUAAUGAGAGAUUUGGCGUUAGUUUUGAAAGCCUAUGGUAUAGAUGUAAAAUUGUCACUGCUGGAACAAAGUCAAAUAGAUGCUGAAGGAGGAAUAUCGUCGUACAUACAAAGAAAUAUCGACUCAUGCGAUUAUGUUCUAAUACUCUUUACGGAACACAACAAAGAACACACUUCAUCAAAGCACAGACCAUACGAAUUCGCUUUGAAACUCAUAACUGCAAUGGCAUAUCAUCAAAACAGCAGUUUUCAAUUUAUUCCUUUAUACCUUACCAGUUACGACAAAGCAAUAACCCUUAUACCCUCUUUUCUAUUGGCAACACAAGAUGCCGGAUACAGGAUACCUAAGAACAUAAUGAGUUUAGUUACACGACUUUCAGGCGGAAAGAAACCAAUUAAAUCAAAAGAGAUGCUACCCAAAUUAAAUUUCUUUUUAAACAGAAUGAGAGCAACAUGUAAAAAAGUGGAGUCCAAAAAACAUAAAGAAUGUAGCGAAGGAGAUUGUGAUAAGGGAGCACUGUACGACAGUGUGAGCAAUUUAUCGUCAGUAUUCGCUUCCACUGCACCUUCGAAAUGGCCAUCAUUUCACUCAAUUGCUAAUUACGCAGAAGAUGGAGUUUUUCUACAACAUGAAGUCUUUUCGAAAAGCAACCUUGAACCAAUACCAGUAUAAUGGUAAUGAUGAUUCAAUGUGAAACCAAGAGUAAGCAGGAAAUCAUAAAUAAUAAUUUGUUGCCUGGUUGUUAUUACCCUUGUGAUAUGACACAUAAAUUUUGUAAUAUGUACAUAAGUUCUGUGAUAUGGCCCUUGUUUAUUUGAGGGCUAUCUUUAGCAUGUAUAAAUAUUUUUGAAAAAACUAAUGUAGAUUAUUUGUAAGCUAGAUUUUAA